AAUAUAAUUGUUGAUACUCAUUAUUUGCUACUCUUUCUUUCUUAUUUUUCUGUUCCUAUUUUUCUGCCUUUUGCAUUAUUUGAAUGUGUGUAUACCACUAGGGAUUGAACAUAGGGCCUUUGUACUGAAUUAUAUCCGCAGCUUUUUACUUUUUAUUUUGAGACAAGGUCUUUUUAAGUUGCCCAGGCUAGGCUAGAACUUGGGAUCUUCCUGCUUCAGCCUCCCAGAGAGCAAGGUGUGGGCCACAAGGCCUGGCUGAACAUUUUUCUAUUACAGUUUUGCUAUGCCAGAUGGCAUAUAGCAGAGUGGUGUGCAGAUAGUAAAAGGAAUUUACCAGUACACAAGAGAUGUAGAAAAGACAGGAGUUUAUUUAGAUCACUGAGUACACUGACAAGAGAAGAAUCUUGCCAGCAGGUAGGGAGGUUGGAGUUUUUAUGAGCAGGUGAAGAUGUGGGAAAGGGUCUGAGGUGGCAAAUGCAAAUAUCUUAGAAAUACAUUUUGCAGGGCAUCCUGUUCUUUCAUUUUCUAAGAGUACCUGUGCUGUAAUUAAAGCUUUACAUCAAAGUUUCAAAUUGUCAAGGUUUCUUAGGUCUUCAGAAAGGCUCUUUAGACUUAGAUAAAGGUAUCAGUGUGUUUUAACCUUUUUGGGAAAGAUAGAAUACUAACUCAGAAAGGAUGGUUUUUAUAUUUACUUUUAUCUGGUGGUGCUUUUAGUCUUCAUUAGUGCGGUGCUUUGUGAAUGUCUAGUACAUGCUGUACUGACCUGUGUUAUCAAAGAAGUCUGGGUGCAAAGUCAAAUUAUUGACAAGGAAUAAAGUGGUCACAUCCUUAACUGCCUUAAGCUGAGUAGGACCACCAAUCGUCCAGUCCAUCAUUAGGGGCCCUUUUGAGUUUGUUGAUUGUCAGAGGUGAGUGAUCUUGAUCUUAAAGUACAGACCUUAACUGGUUGACAAGAUCCAAAUGGAGCUUUGCUGUAGGUUCAGGUGGUGAUCUGAGGCAUAUAUAUGAUAACUGUGGGAUUCUGGAAGAAAUAAGCUGGAGAAGGCAGUUGCACAAACAUGAACCAAAGGGAAUUAUUAUUAUAAUAAUGAGAAUAAUUGUUAGUAACCAGUUUUAUGAAGAAGUGUUUGAAAGCCAGGCCCAAAUAGGUGCUUCGUGAUAGUUAUUAUCAUGUACUUAUGCAUAAGAAUUCUACCUUAUAACCUCUCAACUCUGUCUUUUGGUAGGAUUGAUGCAAAUGACUCUAAUUUGAUUUUGACAGCUCUCAUGCUUUUGUUAUAUCCUCUCUUUUUCCUGAAGAGGUCCCUGAUUAAUCAUUGCUUUUAUUGUCUCUUGUUGCUAGGAUGCCAUUCUGCUCAUUGGUCUAAUCUGGUGAUACAUAGAGGGGAAGUAAUUGAUUAUUUACAGUUAGUGUCAUUGCACCUUUUAACAGAGUUGAGCAACAAAGAGUCUAAAAGUAGUUCUUAAGCCAAGUUAACCUGGAGUCCAUUAUUAAGUUUACCUAUUUUGUAGAUGACUAUUAAAAUCUCAAAACAUUGGAUCAGAGAUCUCUAUUAGGAAUUGUACUCUGCAGAAUUUUCAGAGAUAGCAGAUAUAAAGUUAAAAAGAAAAUAUAAAGCAAACUAGAGUAAAAUUUAAUUUGUAUAACAGUUUUGAAUCAAGAAGUGAUUUUUUAUCAAUUUUUAUUGAAGAUAAUCAAAGAAUCCGUUUUGUUUGUUAAGAGUUUUUUCCCAUGAAUCUGGUUAUAAAUAUUUCAGAGAAAAAUCAGAACUUUGGAUGAUAAGACUUGAAGUAAUCAUGCUUAGAAGUUUGAUGAGUUUAAUAAUUGAUGAAGUAAUUUAUUUAUUUUAUAUAGUAUAUUAAGAUAAUCAUAGCUGACAAUGUUAUACCAGAACCAAUGGGCUUUUUGUUCACAGAUACCAUUUUUUAGAUUCUUACUAUCUAAUCCAUUUGAUUAUCAGAGUGGCAGUUUCAUUAAUUUUACACAAGUUAGCAUCCCUGACAAAAAUAAAAGGCUAGCUGGGCAUAGUGGCUCAUGCCUGUCAUCCCAGCACUUGGGAGGCUGAGGCAGGAGGGUCACUGUGACUUCAAGGCCAGUCUGAGGUACAUAGUAAGUUCAAAGCCAGCCUGAAUUAUAUAAUGAGACCCUGUCUCAGUAAUAAUAAUAAUAAUAGUAAUAAUAAUGGUAAUAAUAAAAAAUCAAAGGCUAGUUUAGACUUUUUUAAGUUUUGGAAAUCAUGUUAAUGAACACAAAUAGAGUUAUUUACCCUAUGUAUAAGUGUGUCUCAUCUGUAUAAUAACAGAAUGCUUAUUUAGCCAUUUUGGUAGGACUAAAUUUUACCAUAUCCUUAUUCAUAUAAUUUUUAUAUUUCCUAUUUUUAACUUUUUCUUUUUUAUACAAGCUACAUGGCUGUUUAGAUUUUAAAAUGUUCCUAGCACAUUUUUCAUCUCAGAUUUAACUCGCAAAAGUUAUAUUUUAAUUAGAGCUGGCUGGAUAAUAGACUCCCAAGUAACCUUGAACAGUAAAUUAUCUUAGUACCAGAAGAAAGUAGAAAGAAGAAUAACAAUGUUAUUUUUUAGUUAGGACUGAUGAAUCUUUAAGAUUUUACUUUGUCUUAAAUGACAAAUUACCUUAGUACAAGUGGAAAGUGGCAACAGAACAAAUUUAACCCCAGACUGUGAGGACUAUGAGAGGAUUUAGAAAGGCACACGUGGUUGUCCUCCCAAAAUCUGGAGUCCUGUUAGAAGGUCAUGAAGGCUUGAAUGUAAGGGCUUUAGAAUCUUUGCUCUCACUGUGAUAAAUGUUGUUCAGUUGUAUUAUGGUGUUAUAAUUAAUUAAAUUUUAAUUUAAGAACCAUCCCAAAGUUAUUUAUAAGAAACAUUUUAGGAUCAUUGAUCAUAAAAAAUGUUAACUUAAACCACAGAAUUUAAAAGUAAAUUUACCAAUCAGUGUUUCCCAAGGGUCUGCAUCUCCUUUUUCACAGGUCAUCAUGAUGGCUGUUUUCCCCUUUGAAAUCCUGAGAUGGCAGUCAGGCUUCACCUUGCUAUUUUCCAGGACCCUGUGCAGGCUCUGUAUACCCUAAGAACCACUUUUUUUUUUCUUAACAUGAUAUUUAGCCUUACCCUGACUUACUCUCUGUAUCAAUUUAGGGUUAGGUUCCGGUGGAAGCUCAAUCUGGUGGUCUAGACCUUUUCCUUUAUUUUCCUGGCAGUGUCCCCCCCCCAGCCCAUCCCCACCCCCGCCGGCAUUGACACUUCUCUGUUAGCCAUGUCUGUUUUUCUUGUACUCAUUUUGCUUAGAAUUGGGGUUCAGCCUCUAUUAUUACAAUGAAGGGACCAUCCCAUGACCCCUGUGGUCUUACACAGAUCUUUUUCCUUUAAGUCACAUUGUUUGCUGACAGUAUUUCCCCUAAUCUCAGGAGUUAGAGACCCUGGGGAAAACUGGAGAAGUCAUCCAUUGUGGAGCAAACUGGAGCAAACUGGUUUAGGCAGCUGUUUUUUCAGCCACAGAGGAAGCUUUGUCGAGCAGCUCCCUGUGCCUGAGGCCAGUUAUUAUAAACACAGAUUAACAGGCAGACAAACAGACCAGACACAUAGCAUUAUAACAUUAAGUCAGAGUGCACUUUAGCUAUAUUGACCAAAUUGGAUUAUGAUAAUUUUUGUUCUCUCAGUUUAAAUAGAUUAAUCAACUAAAAUUUCCCUAGGGGAUAGCAUAGCACUCUUAUACUUUUAAGUGAAUCAUAACAGAGAUCUCUUGUAGUGCUUUGGUUAUUUUAUCAGUACAGAGUUACACCACGUGAGUCAUAAGGAGGAAAGAACAUGCACAUGUGGAGGGGGCAGGGACAUAAAGAGAGCUGUCUGGUGGAGGAAACACUGAAAGCUGAACUGUGACCUGAAGGUAACUGAAAGAAGGAUCAGCAAGGACAUCGUUGUCAGAAGUUGGAGCUGAAGAAAGUGGACUAUGAGAGGAUUUAGAAAGGCACACAUGGUUGUCCUCCAGAAGUCUGGAAUCCUCUGAGAAGGCCAUGAAGGCUUGAAUGUGUGAUAGCUCGGACCCCAGUAUAAAAUCCAAAGAAGCAAGAAACUGAAAUUUGGGGAUCAAAGGUUUUAUUUAGGCCAGGCCUGGCGAUGAGUCUCCGGGAGCCAAUUUGGAGACUGUACACCCCCGAGACUGGAGAAGGGAUUUAAAAAGCAGGAGGGGGGUUGGAAACAAAAGAAACCCGCAGAGCCGUUAAACUGUUGACCCAAAUCUGGAAACUGUAAAGCUGUCCACUUAGUUCUGACAACAUCGGGAGCCUUUGGUGCCUUUUGAGUUACUCCUGUCCUGCAGAUAAGCAUUAUCUUGGAAUAGCACAUUUGCAAUAACAUUUGGAGAAGAAAGUAGAAAGUUAAUUAUCUCAGGACAGCUUGUUAACACAUGUGGGAAGGGGUCGAAAGUUACAAGAAGCUGAAACUUAAGUUUUUACGAGGAUUUGGAACUUAACCCUUUUGUUGCAUUAGGGUUAAGCCACAACAUUUUUGUACUUUCUUUGAAGUUGAGCAUUUCUUAAGAACAGAGCAAUUAGCACAUUUUGUGACACACUACCACCAGGUAGGGAAAGGGGGAAGGCAGUGCGCAUUACAGAACAGAAAAUAUGGCGAGAUUACAUUCCUUGGGGAGAGCAAGAUCAGGUAAGGGUUGUGCUAACAAGCAAGUCUCCCUGCAUACAAGCAAGUUACUUCAAACAAGUUUAAAUCAGGGAAACAUCCUGGUUUUCCUCAGCAGAGAAUAGAGAAGUCCAACAGUGAUUAACAACCCCUGUUAGCUUGUUUUAGCACCAAAUCUGUUGUUUGUAGAGGGCAACACUGGUUAACAUAUCAAUUAGGUGAGAUUUUGCAAUUCUUUACAGAGAAGAGCAUUGAUUAACAUAUCAAUUAGGUCACCCAGAGGGAGAAGGAAAACAUAUAAGGAAGCUAUUUUUCUUAGAGUACAACAGAAUGUAAGAGGCUUUAGAAGCUUUGCCCUAAUUGUGAUAGAAGUUGUUAAGCUGUAUUAUGGUAUUAUAAUUUAUUAGACUUCCAUUGCAUCUGAAGGACCAAAGUUCCUAAUCUGGGAGCUUAUGUGGCAGCCAGACAGUAUUGCAUAAGAAAAUGAGACAUUUCUCAAGAGUAAAGGGUGCAAAUCUAGACCAGUCCUUAAGAAGAAUAAAGCUUAGAAGUGAGUCAAAGGAAAGACACAAAGCCCAUUAUGAGUCUUAUGGAAAUAUGUCCAUCCAAAAAGUGUCCCUUAGGGUGAUGGGUCAUCUAUUCCAGGGAAGCACAUGAGAUGUGUGCUUUUGGGGCAUUCCCCAAAGAGAGGGGACUUCCCACCCAUGAAAGUGAAGGCCAGCUUCACUCUGUGGCCACUGUGGUUCUGGGGCCACUGUCCAGUUGAUCAAGUUAGAUCAGAAGAGCAAGUAACACAAGAGCAAGAGAAAGUCUUGGACCAGUCAUGGUGACCACUGAAUAGUCAUUGGAAGGGGAACUCAACAUCGUGGAGAAUGGAAAACCUGGUCACUUGGGAGUCUUCUGGAUCAAGAAAAUUAGCAGAUGGAGGGGGAAGAGGCAGUUAGAAGCCUGCAGCCACAGGGAACGGAUCCAGCAGUUAAGGGUGGGAUACGUACAGGUUCACACUGAUAAGCUGCUACCGUCUAGCACUGUGCAUUGAGAGUAACGAGAGUCCCAAAGGAAGAGUGUGACCCCUUAUCCUUCCAGUCUAUAACAAGAUAUUCUUUUUUUGCUACCUUCAGGCCCACUAUAGAGUGGUCCCAGCCAGGGUCUGUCAGUUGCAAGUGGGAAGUAAGGCUUUCCUCAAAGGUCCGAAAGACCCUCUAUAGCUUUUACUCUGAUGGGCCAUGACCAUCUAGAUCACAACUUAGAGGCCUUUGAAUGCCACCAGGGAGUUACCUGUCAGGGACCUACAGUUGCCCACUGGCUGAUCUGUUGACCAGUGUGAACAGGCCAAGAAAGGCAAGGAGAGACAUUCCCCAUAUGCGUCACCAGAUGGCAUAUAGAAGGCCUGUGAUGUGGGUGAUAAAAAUUUACCAAUAGACCAAGGAAUGUAGGAAAGACAAGAAGUUACUUAGACACUGUCAAGAGAAAUAGGCUAGUUUCUAAGAAGGGAGUCUGCCAUUGAGUCGAGAGAUUGGGAGCGAAGCUGUGGGAAAGGGUUUGAUUUGGCAAAUGCAUUCCUAGGACAUCUUGUUCUUUGCUAAUCUUUCAGAAGCACCUGUAUUGCAUGUAAAGUUGCACAUCAGAGCUGCAAAUUGGUUAGGCCUCAAAAAGGCUCUUUAGAUUUAGGUAAGGGUGUCUGUGUGUUUUAACCUUUUCGGGAAAGAUACGGCAUUGCUCUGGGGAAAAAGUGGUGUUUGUCUUAACUCACAUUGUGCUGCUUUUAGUCCUUAUUAGUGCAGUGUUUUGUGACUGUUCAGUACGUGCUGGGCUGAAGGUGUUAUCAAAGAAGUCUGGGUGCUGAGAAUUUGAACUCUUUUUUUUCUACCAGUUUUCAUUCAUUUGUCGUGUUGUAGUUUUUACUUUUAGAUGCUGGGAAUUGAACCCAGGAUCUUGUGUAUGCAAGGCAUAUGCUCUACCACUGAGCUCCUUAUAUGUUAUGUGGUUUAUUUUUUGUUUCUUUGAGAUAGGGCCUCACUCUGUAGCUCAGGCUGGUCUCAAACUUGUGCCAAUACUCCUGCCUCAGCCUCCCGUGUAUUGGUAUUACAGGUGUGUACCCAUACCCAGCAGUGUGUUUUUGGACUAUAUUUAUUUAUAUAGUUUUUGGUGACUAUAUGUAUAAUUAACAUUAUACUAUGCUCAAUAUUUUACCUCUUUAAGUAGAAUGCAUAGACCUUACCAUCAUGUAAAUCUCUUUACCUUCUCACCUUUAUGUUUUAAUUAUCUCAUUACAUCUACAUUCAUUGAAAACCCCGUUAGACACUGUUAUAAUUCUUUUCUAGAUGGGGCCUUAAUAUGUUGCUCAGGCUAGCCUUGAAUUCCUGGGUUUGAACGAUUCGUCUCCCUCAGUCUUUGAAGUAUCUGGGACUACAAUGCACGUGCCACCAUAUCUGGCUUUACCAUGUUAUGAUUUGAUUUCAGCUAUCAAACACAUUUUAAAGAACUGAGAAGGAUAAUCUAUUAUAUUUACCCUUGUUUAUACCAUUUCUGAUGUUCUGCCUUUAUUGUUAUUGAUUUGGAUUCUCUUCUGUUAUCAGUUAUCUAUCUUUCAACUGUUUUUAGCAAUUGUUUCAGAGCAAGCCUUCUGGCAACAGUUUCUUAGUUUUCCCUCAUUGAAAAUGUCUUUAUAUCACCUUUAUUCCUCGUGGAAAUUUCCACUGCCUAUAGAUUUCUUAGUGGACUGUUAUUUUCUUUUGGCACGUCAACAGUGUUAUUCUGCUUCUUUCUGUGCUCUGUGGUUUCUGGUUAGACGCUGUUGAAUAAUUGUUCCUCAUUAUGUGUUACUUUUGCUUUGUCCUUAAUUUGAAGAUGCAUCUGGCUCUGGAUUUGUCCUGCGGCUUGCCGAGCCUCUUGAACCUAUUGAUCCAUGUCUUUUAACAAAUUUGGGAAUUAGUCAAGAAUUAUUGCUUCAAAUAUUCUUCUGAACUAUCUUAUUUCUCCUUUUCUUUUGGGACUUGGUGACCUGAAUUUGGUCCCACGGGUCCCAGAAGUACCACUCACUUUUUUUUAGUAUUUCAUUUUUGUUUUUCAGACUGUGUAAUUUCUGUUGAUUCAGUGGGAAGCUUCCUGCCCUUUUUUGUUAUCUUUGUUGUGCUACUGAGUCCUUCUAAUGCAGUCUUAUUUCAGUCAUUGUCUUUCAACUUAGAAUGCCCAGUUCUUUAGAUCACCUGUUUCUUUGGUGAGAUUUUCUAUUCUUCUCUUGGUUUCCAAAGACUUUGCCCUUACUUUUGGGGUGUUUUUUUUUUUUUUUUUUUUGUCUUUUUCCUUUUUAUCAGUACCGAGGAUCAAACUCACGACUGCCUGCUUGCAAAGCAGGCGCUUAUGCCGCUGAGCUAAAUCCCCAGCCCCUUUUGGGGUGUUUUUAUAGGAGCUGUUGCACAGACGUUCUAACAGUUGCAAGGUCUAUGACAGUUCCAUCCUGGUGUUUGUUGAUUAUUCUCAUGUGUGUUGGGAACUGGGAGCAAAGGCCAAAUACUGAUUUUCUUUAAGGAGGGGAUUCUUUGUAGUCUGUUACCUAGGAGAGUUCUAACUGGAUUAUUUAAAGCAAGCGGGUAUGAGUUCCCUUGAGUCACAGUAUGGCUGAGAGAGGCCACUGUGCCAAAUCUGCAAUUCAUAUGGGGUAUGGGGGUGAGUGAGACGAGUCCAGUAGCUUGUACCUGGCUGUCCUACAGGAAGGUCAUCCAUCACUGGCAGUUGGUUGUAAAAGGAAGGUAUCUGACCACCUUGAGGAAUUGGGAGGAGGUGAAAACUGGAAAGUACACCAAGGGUGACUGAGCUGUGUUGCUGGUGUGAGAAAGUCCAGCUUAGUUCACAAUGGAUUCCAAGGUAAUGUAAGAUUACAGGAAUUCUCUCCACAGUGGAAAAUGCAUGCUUCCUGCAUUGGGUACCUUUGGUGUCAGAUUUCCCGCUAUGGGGUCUGCACAGUUCCUCCUCUCUGUUUUUUGUCUGGGGAGAUGGAGAGUGUUUGUUAGCUGGGUGCUUUUUGUGAGAGGGAACCCUUUGCCUUGCUAAUUGCCAAGAAGUCUUUAGGCUCAGUGAGGGAAUAAAAGCAUUUUCCCUGCUGCUUAUUGUCAGCCAGGCUAUUCAUUCAUCUUCUUUGCUGGUGUCCCAAGGUUUGUCCAGUGGUAUUGGAGGGACACAUGUUGAUUUUCCAGAAGGCUGAUAUGCACUACCUGGACUGCUUUCUGUUGUUAGGUUGGGGAGGGGGGGUCAUAAAAUGCUCUGCUACUGUUAAGUCCUUGGUCCCUAACAAGGCUUCUUUCUACUUUUUUGCUUUCAGACUCUUUUGGUUGCCUCUUGUGUUACUUCUAGGUCAUAUACUUGGUUGGGGUAAAGCAAGGAAAGGGGAGUUUGUGCUAUCAAGUCCAGAUUUGAAGUCUACCAUUACUAUAUAAUAUCUAUUUUUAUACAAAUAAAGCUUGUAAUUUACAGGUGGACAGUUUAUGGUUUCCACUACACAUAGUAAUUUAACAAAUGCUGAAUAACCACAGUGUGAUCAUUUUUCCAGAAUCUAGUUCUCCUAAACUGCAUGUGAUUAUCAAACAGGUUGGGAAUCCCUAACCCAAAAAUCUGAAGUCUGAAGUACUCCAAAAUCUUAACACGUUUUUUUGAGACAGGGUUUCAUUAUGCAGUUCAGACUGCUUUCAACUCAUAGCAAUCCUCCUGCCUCAGCCAUCUGAGUGAUGGGAUUACAAGCGUGCCCCACCAUGCCCAGCCAAUGUAACACUUUUUGAGUAAGAUAUGUUAUGUACAUGUAUCAGCUUUCCAUGAUGAAUGUAAACAUUAUGUAGUGCAAACAUACAAAAGUAAACAUUUGAAAAAAAUAAUUUUUUUGAUCACUGACAUAUAUCACUAAUGGAAUAUUCCCUACCUGGCCUCAUGUGAUGGAUCACAGUCAAAUUACUGUUACAUUAAAAAUUCUGUAUAAAUUACUUUUAGGCUAUGUGUGUAUAAGUUAUGUAUAAAACAUAAAUGAUUUUCAUAUUUAGCCUUGGGUUCCAUCCCCAAGAUACUAGUAUGUAUGUGCAUAUAUUCCAAACUUCAAAAGAAAAAAAUCGAAUCGGAAACACUUCUAAUCCCUAGAAUUCAACCUGUAUUAGUUCACAUUCAGGCUGCCAUAACAAAAUACCACAGACUGAGGGGCUCAAGCAACAAGAAUUAAUUUUCUCACAGUUCUAGAGACUGGAAGUCCAAGAUCAAGGGUGCCAGGCAGGCCUGGUUUCAGGUGAGGCCUCUGCUUGGCCAUCACUCUGUCUAUAUGUAGACUUUCUUCUGUGGAUUUACCAAGAAGGGAUGUGUGUGGGCGGUGGUUUUUGGUGUUCCUACUUAGAAGGACAACAGUCCUGUUAGAUUAUGGCCUUACCCAUAUGGCCUUUUUCUAUCUUAAUUACUCCCUGAAAGGCCCUAUCAGUACUUUGUGGGUUAAUGCUUUAGCAUAUGAACUGGGGGAAGUAGAGAACACAAUUCAGCCUAUAAAAAUUAUAAUUCAAACACAUAACAGUUUUCUUUCCUUUUCUCCUUUCUAUUUUUCUUUGUUUUCAUUACUAGAGAUUGAACCCAGGGCCUUCAUUCUGUAUCAUGAAGCCACUAAGUUGCCCAGGCUGGGCUCGAAUGUAUAAUCCUUCUGCCUCAGCCUCCCUGAGUGCUGGGCUUUGGAGGCAUGCACCAUCAUACCAGACUCAUAAUUUUAUUUGUUCCCUUAUAAAAUGUGACUAGGUUACUUCCAUUCUGUCCUCUCCCAGCAAGUUAGGAAGUCAAUGAAUGUCUUGGUAUGGCUGCAUUCUUUUUUUGUAUUUUAUUUUUAUUUUGAAAGUAUACAACAGAAUAAGUCAGAAUAAAGCCAACUAAGAUCGUACAGUGAAAUUGGUACAGAACUUCACAGCAGGUUACCAGGAUAACAGUAAUAGGUAUCACAGUAUAUUUUGUUAUCUUUAUAAUAGUUGUUCUUUCAAUCACGUAUAUCAAAAUGAGAUGAAAUAUAGAACACUAUAGAACUUAUCAAAACAGAAUAUUGAAUGGAGCAGUACCAUUAAUCAGAAAAGAGCAAACAGUAAUAAAAAUAUUUGCCUUCAAAGAAAUGGUAGAAGGAAGUCCCCCUUAUUUGCUAUGGUCAACCUCCCAGGAGAUGCUCAGAUUUCUGGUUCCCAUUUGCUAAUUGGGGGAGAAGAGAAGGAGGUCAGGGGAAGUGGGAUAUUUGACUCUAGGCCAUGUAGCAGUAGGUUCACUAUUGCUUAGCAGGGAGGCAGGAUGGUCAUUUGUUUUCACAGCGUCCUCAGUUCCAACAUGGCGCAGAUCUCAAGAGCUGCUGCUGGUUCUCCCCCUGGAAGGGCUGUGGUCAGCCAGACCACCACCGCUUACCAGGGAGGGGAGGUGCUUGCUUGGCUUCCCAGGAUCCUAAGUUCCAACAUGGCGUGGAUCUCAGGAGACACUGCUGGUUCUGCCCCUGGAAGGGCUGCAGUCUGCCACACUGCCUCCAUUUACCAGGGAGGGGAGGUGCUUGCUUGGCUUCCCAGAGUCCUAAGUUCCAACAUGGUGUGGAUCUCAGGAGACAUUGCUGGUUCUCCCCCUGGAAAGGCUGCAGUCGGCCAGACCACCACCGCUUACCAGGGAGGGGAGGUGCUUGCUUGGCUGCCCAUAGUCCUAAGUUCCAACACGGCGUGGAUCUCAGGAGCCAUUGCUGGUUCUCCCCCUGGAAGGGCUGCAGUCAGCCAGACCAUAUGGCUGCAUUCUUGAUGUGACAUUUUUGUAAGAUACAUUCACAGAACUGGAAUUUCUUUCUUUUUCUUUCUUUCUCUGUCUCUGUCUCUGUCUGUCUAUCUUUCUUUCUUUUUUUUUUUUCUGUUUUUUGAGUUAAGGUUUCACUUUGUAGUCUGGGCUAGUCUCGAACUCAUGGCAACCUCCUGAGAUUGGGGAUUAUAGGUAUAUACCACCACACCCAACUUUAUAACUGUAGUUUCUGAAAUACAUUAAUUUUUGAGGCAUUGCCAGAUUCUCUUUUAAAAAGAUUUGUAACAAGGUCAUAUACAUGAAUGGUGCAACAGAAUAUCUGUUUCUAAAUACAGCCAGCCUUUCCUAUCUGUGGGUUUUAUAUCCAUGGAUUCAACCACCCAGAGAUUUAAAAUAUUUUAAAAAAUUGUCCAUACCAAACAUGUAUGCACUAUUGUCAUUAUUUUCUAAAUAAUACAAUGUAGCAGUUAUUUAUAUAACAUUUACAUUGUAUUAGGUAUUAGAAAUGAUCUACAGAUGAUUUAGAUGGGAGGCUGGCCAGUCAUGGUGGUGCACUACUGUAAUCCCAGCACUCAGGAGGCUGAGGCAGAUGGAUCAUUGCAAUUUUGAGACCAGCCUGGGCUACAAAGUGAGCCUAAGGCCAAUAACCCUAUCCAAAAGACAAAACAUAAAAUUAAAUAAAUAAAUAUGCACAGGUCAUUUGCAAAUAUCAUGCUGUUUGAUAUAGGUGACUUGAGCACUCUCAAAUUUUGGUAUCAAGGGUCCUGAUAUCGGUCCCCUGUGGAUGCUGAGGGAUGACUGUAUUGUCUCCCAAAAUAUGUAUUAUCAGUGUUUGUAGACCUUGCCAAGCAGAUAAUUGAUGGGCAAUUUCUUAUUUUCACUUUUAUUUAUUUAUUUGGUUGACCAAAUGUCCAUAUGUGUUAACCAUUUCCAGUAAAGUUGCAAGAAUAGUGAAAAAAUUCAUUAUAUCUCUGUUUUUUUAAAUUAAAUUUUAUUUAAGGAGAAAAAGAAAAAAACAGAAAAAUGGUACAAUAAUACAAAAUUUAAAAAAUAAACAGAAAUCACUAGUUAAUAGAUUACAUACUCUCACCUUAGAAAUAGUUGUUCAAGUUACAAAAUUAAAGCAUAUAAAGUGAACUUUCAAACAGUGAGACUGCAAACAGUUUUGUUCAAUGAUCCAACAAAACUCAGUAAUAUGGUUAUCUAUCUUAUACACUUAAACAUAUAUGCAGUUAUAACCUUUAGAGCACUUUGUUUUCCUUUCUUUUGUACAAAUACAAUUACACAUUUUGGGUUUUAUUACUCCCACAGUUCUUACUACUUUUUUUGAAAAGAGUAAAACCAAAUGCGACAUAUCAGAACAGAGUCAGUCAAAUCAAAAGGAUGGACAUAAUAGAUAAUGUAAAAACAAAAUACGAGGUGAUCAACAAUGGUUACCAUAAUGCCUCUUGUUAUCUUAAGAAGAAUUGCCUAUAUCAUCAUUUAUAAUAAAAUUGAACAAAACAGUAAAGAAUAAAACCAAAACAUUGGAGACAUUACAGGACUUUAAAAGAAGAUAAUAGUCAAUCGGAAUGGGCGUCAUAAUGAAUCCUAUUGUCUUCAUAGUUGUUGCCUAUACUUUCAAACUUGGUACUAUCAAGCAAAACAGAAUAGAGGAAAAUCAGUCAAAACAAGAUGAUGAGGGCAAUACAGUGUUUCAAAUCAAAUUAAUAGGAAAUCUAAGUGGGUUACUAUAAUAUAUCCUGCUAUUUUUUUAUUUUUCCCUUGAUAAAAAUAAAAAAAGUAAAUAAUAAAAAAGAUUGAGAUAAAAGGGGGCAUAACAACAAAACAGCACAGGUCAAAACAUAACCAUUUAAGCAAAAUAGUGUUUCACCAUCCUGACAUAAAAGUAGUUACCAGAGUGUCUCUUUCCUUGAAAUCUUUGAGUAUAACUUUGUAUACUGUAGCACCAAUGAUAUCCAGACAAUGUAAAACCAUUCAAGAGAAUGACAGUAUUACAGGGUAUUUAGAACCAACUAACAUAAAAUGAACAAUGGUUUCUGUAUAAUCUCCUUGUCUAUAAAAGAUUUGCCUAUAUUAUCACUUAUAGUAAAAUACAAUAAGAUACAACCUGUUAAGACUGGUGGAGACAGAAGAAUAAAAGCUUGAUGGGACUUCAAAACAAGAUGAUACUAAAUCAGCACUAGCUAUUAUGAUGUCUUGUUUUCUCCAAAAUGGCUGUUCCUACCAUCCAAUCUUCUCUGCCUCGUUUCUGUUGAGCUCUUUUUCUGUCAUUUGUUGUCAGUUUGUCAUCUUCAUUUCACUUUAUGCUCCAUUCAUUGUGGCCUUUUUGCCACUAUUUCAGGAAUCUUGGUAUUUUCCUUUUUUAGAAUAUCCUGCAGUAUUCUCUAUAGAAUUGAAUUGGUGGUGGCAAAUUCCCCUUGUUCCUCUUUAUCCUGGAAGCACUUUGUUUUUCCAUCAAUUUCCAGGGACAGUUGUGCAGGAUAUAUCAAUCUUGGCUGGAGGUUAUUAUCUUUCAAAGCUCGAAUUAUUUCCCUCCACACUCUUUGUAAUUUGAUGGUUUGUGUCGAGAAGUCUGCUGUAAUUCUGAUAGAUGUUCCCUUAUAAGUGAUCUUUUUCUUGUCUCUGAUGGCUUUUAAUAUUCUGCUCUUAUAUUGGAUUUCUGGAAUUUUGAUUAUUAUAUGCCUGGGUGUAGCUCUGUUUGGGUUGUAGGUGGCUGGGGUCCUGUAUGCUUCAUACAACUGAGUAUCUUUACCUUUUGCUAAAUUAGGGAAAUUCUCUUGGAUUAUUUCUGUGAAUAGCUUUUGUAGUCCAUUUGUUUGUGUCCCUACUUUUAUGUUUUUAAUUCUUAAGUUAUAGAUCCUCUUAUCAUCUUCUAGCCUUUGUAUUAUUGCUGUUUGAUUUCUUAUUUUUAAGAAGUUUUUCAUUUCAUGCUCCCACAUUACAAAUCUGUCCUCCAGUUCCGAUAAUCUAUCCUUAGUUUCUUUCAAGCUAUUAUGCCAGUUUUCGAUAGAGUUUUUAGUUUCCUGGUAAUCUCUUUGAACCUGCUUCACAUAUUCUAUGUUUUGUCUAUGUUCUCUGUCAAACAAUUUUCCCCUUUUUUUCUGUUCUUCUAUUCCACCAUCUGUUUUUCCUUGGGCGGUGCUUAGCAUUUCUGAAACUCUUCUAUGUAUAUCUUGCCUUAGGUCAUUAAUAACUUCAUUCCUGAACUUGUCUAUGAGGCUCUGGAGAUAUCGCUUUAUGUCUAUUGGUGCUGUGUCUGAUAUUGCAUGUUUCUCAGGACUGGGGGCCUUGGACCCUUUCUUGUUGCUUCCCCUUCCCAUAUUUUUUGUUCCUUCCAUACAAGCGUAUAUAGGAGGCCCAGUUUUUUCUUUGUCCGUUACAGUUCGUUUGAAUUGCGCCGGCUAGGUGUUCCCACCCACUGCAGUGUACUAGGGAGACACAGACCUGGGCAGCCUAUCCUUGGCCCACCCCUCCAGGUCAAGCUACUGAAGGCUUCACUGCUAGCAUGCAACUCCAGGUGCUGGGACCUGGUUUGGGCUUGCCUACUGUGUCUUAAGUCAGCGGCGAUGCCCAGGCCAGGCACUCCCCACUAAUCCCACUUGAGAGGGGAAUAUGCAACUAAGGACACUGCAGCAUCCUGUUCCGGCUAGUUUGCCUGGUCCCAGUAUGUCCUUUGCUGAAGCCUCCUACUCUAUGGAAGGGUCCCCAAUUCGUUCACUCACCGCAGGUCGAUGCAGGGCUCCCGACCAGUCCCACUCUCAACUCCAUUCACCGUUUCCCACUUUCAGAGCUUUCACGCCUCUCUUCUUGCUGUGCCGAUUGGGACACAGCAGCAGCUGCAGGAAAUUCAAAUCACGGCUUCCAGUGGUGCGGGGUCCAGCUUCCGCACUGAGACCUUAUCUGUUCCUGUUAUAGCACUGGGAUUGCGUUUCCAGUUGGUUUCUCUUAGUUUAGUUCGUUCCUGGGUCGGCAGGGUAUAUCUCCCCUUGCUUAGGACUUCUUGCCCCACACCAUUUCUGGAUUUUAAGUGGGGUAUCUCAGAGAGCCUCCACAGCUGCUGCUAUCUAUCCGCCAUGUUCUCCCAGAAGUCUCAUUAUAUCUCUUACAUAAACUUAGCAAUUACUGACUUUUUGCCAGGUUUAUUUUUACUUCCUCUCUUUGUAUAAAUAUAUGUGUUCUGUGUUUACAUGCAUAUGCAUAUAUACAUUUAUAUUUAUUUUGGAGGUGACAGCUUGAUUGUUAACUAUAGAUAUAAUAACACAAUGACACGCUAUUCCUAAGUACUCCAGCCUAGAGCUUGUUAAUUAGUCAGAGGGCUAUCACUGUGUAGACUGUCUCUUGAGCCCCAUGUGGCCCAGUAUCUGGCCAUUAAUUAUUUAGUUUGGAGCUCAUCAGUCUCUUCUUUUGAGACCCCCAUUACUGAGUAACCAGACCCAGAGAUUUUUUACCCAGGAAGAUUCUUAUCCACAUUAUAUAGGGAAGUCACUGAUUAGUAGUAGUGUAAUUUCAUUUGUGGUGGUAGUUAAUUUUCAUUGUUUGGCAGUAGUAGUUGUUUUUACAAUGACUGAAAAUUUGUCAGCUAUGAUUUGGAUUAUGUUGUGGACCAGCUGACCUGACAUCAUGACCAACAGAAGCAGCAUUAACAAUCUAGAAAUUUGAGUAACCAUUCUCUAGGGAAAGGGCCUGCUGAGGGAAUGAAGCUAUAUGUAAAAGUGUGGCUGCCCAGAGGGCUCUGAGUCCUUGCUGUGUGUGUUGGGAGGAUGCUUGCUUAUAUUCUUAUGGUGUGUAUACUUACACACACCACACACACGUACAUACAUAUCUAGAGCUCACAAAGAUCUGAGGAAUCUUCCUACUCUUUCCUGAUUUGCAAGAGUGAGACAUUGGCUUCUAGCAUCAGUAUGUUAAGUCAUUUGCUUAGUCUUGCAAUAAAUAGGACAGUCAGAAUUGCUGUGCCCAUAUUAUUGUGAGAUGGGAACCUGUUUAGUACAGACAUUUGUUUGUAUGCCUUCUAUCUGGAUCGAAGACAAUGUCAUUAAAAUAUUCUGUUCAAAAGUUAUUUGGACUAGUUUUUAAAUUUCUCUUUAAUUUUUUUUAUCCAGUGUACUUAUUUAUUUGGUGUAAAGUUAGGUUCAUAUUUUUGGUUCUAUUCCAGUUUAGAUUUUAUUUUUCCCAUCUUUGUUGAUUUAAUUAUUUCUUCAUAUUUGAAAUAUUGGGGCUGGGGAUUUAGCUCAGCAGAUAAGUGCCUGCCUGGCAAGUGCAAGGUCAUGUGUUCGAUCCCUGGUACCACACACACAAAAAAAGAGCAUAUUUGAAAUAUGAUUUGAAGAGAGAAAACAAUACAAAAAGAUGCAGAAUUGUCAUAUCUUCCUUGUACCUUCUUUCCUACUUCCAUUCUGCCUUGGAGACAACAGUCCUGUUAGGUUUUAAUUUAUGCUUCUGUUUUUUGCUUAUUUGUGCUUAUGUUUUUUUCCCAAAUAAGCAGAUAGAUGUAUUUUUAGUUUUUAAUUUUUAUUUUUGUUUGUGGUACAGGGCCUUCUUCAUACUAGGUAAGCACUCUACCACUGAGCUAGCUACCUUACCCAGCCUUUUUUAUUUUAUGUGAGACAUGGUCUCUCUAAGUUGCCCAGGUUGGCCUGGAACUUGUGUUUGUCUUGCUUCAGCUUCCUGAGUAGCUAGAAGUACAGGCAUAUACCCAUCAAAAAGCACUUUUAAAUUUCCUUUUUUAGUACACAAAAUGUAGUAUAAUUUAUUUAUAGAUUCAUUUUCACUUGGUUUUUUCCCCUUAACAAUACAUCCUGGAAACCACUCCACAAAUAUUUAUAAGUAUUUUCCGCAUUCAUUUUUAUAGCUGUAUAGUAUUCUGUUAGUGGGUAUGCCAAUUUGUUCAAGAACUCUGCCAUAUAUGGGAAAGUUUUUGUAGUUUCCAGUAAUUUGAAGUUAACAAUUCUGCGACAAAUUGUAUUGUACAUAGGUUGUUUCCUUUUUAUGCAGGUGUGUUUUUUAUAUCAACUCUUACAAGUAGUACUGCUGGGUCAAAUGGAAAAAUAACUGUUUUUUUAGAUACUGUUAAAUUCCUUUCUACAGUUGCACUGUUUUCCAAUAUCAUUGACAAUGUAAGAUAUUCUGCUUUUCCAUAGCUGCACCAACAUAAGACUUAUUUUUUUUUUUUGAAUCUUUGUGUAAUUUUUAUUGUUUUUUUUUUCUUAGAGAAUGAAGUUGAAUAUCUUUUCACAUGUUUGAGGGCUGUUUUAAAAUUACUUAUUUGCCGUGCUGGGAAUUGACCCCAGGGCCUUCAUACUGAGGAUUUGCUAAGUUACCCAGAUUGGCCUUGAACCUGCUAUCCUCCUACUUCAGCCUCCUGAGUAACUGGAAUUCCAGAAAUUUCUCCAGUUGUCCUAGUACUAUUUAUUAAAAAGGAGGCCUUUCACUUUGGACUUCAAGAGCCUAUCUGGAUAAAAGAACUAGUGAAAUUUGAGGAUGUGGCUGUGGAUUUCACCCAGGAGGAGUGGCAGUAUGUGAACCCUCCACAGAGAACGCUGUACAGAGAUGUGAUGCUGGAGACCUAUAGCCACCUCGUCUCCUUGGGGCAGCAGGUUACUAAACCAGACCUUAUUCUCAAGCUGGAGGUGGAAGAGCCAUGCCUGAUAGAAGACAGAGUUCCAAUUUGGAGCUUUCCAGAAGUCUGCCAAAUUGGUGAACAGAUUGAGAGGAAGCAUCAGGAUGACCAAGAUAAAUGCCUGUUGAUGCAAGCUAGAUUCCCUGACAAGAAAAUAAUUCCCACCAAGAGUGACUGUGAGUGUAAUGAAUUUGGAAACACACUUCAUCUGAGUACAAGGUUUGUUGUUCCGAAACAAAGACCCCAUAAACUUGAAUCAUUUGGAAAUAAUAUGGUAGAUAAUUUUGACUUAUUUAGAAGCUCUACAGAAAGUAAACAUAAUAAUGGAUGUGCAAACUUAUUCUUUCACACUGAAUAUGAAAAGAAUCCCAUAGUGAAACCCUAUGGAUAUGAAGAAUGUGGAAAAGUCAUCAGGCCAAAGAAAGGUCUUAGUCUUCAUCAGAGAAUUAAAAAUGGAGAGAAGCCCUUUGAAUGUACUGCAUGUCUGAAAGCCUUCAGCAAGAAGUCACACCUCACUGUGCACUGGAGAACUCACACAGGAGAGAAACCCUUUGGUUGUACUGAAUGUGGAAAAGCUUUCAGCCAAAAGUCUCAGCUCAUUAUACAUCUCAGAACUCAUACAGGAGAGAGACCCUUUGAGUGUCCUGAGUGUGGGAAAGCCUUCAGAGAAAAGUCAACAGUCAUCAUACAUUACAGGACUCAUACGGGAGAGAAACCUUAUGAAUGUAAUGAAUGUGGAAAAGCCUUCACUCAGAAGUCAAACCUGAUUGUCCAUCAGAAAACUCACACAGGAGAAAAAACAUAUGAAUGCACUAAAUGUGGGAAAUCUUUCAUACAGAAGCUUGAUCUAAUUAUCCAUCACAGCACUCACACAGGAAAGAAACUCCACGAAUGCAAUCAAUGCAAGAAGACUUUCAGUGACAAGUCAACCCUAAUUAUACAUCAGAGAACGCACACGGGAGAGAAGCCUCAUAAAUGUACUGAAUGUGGAAAGUCUUUCAAUGAGAAGUCCACCCUCAUUGUGCAUCAGAGGACCCACACGGGAGAGAAACCCUAUGAAUGUGAUGUAUGUGGAAAAACCUUCACCCAGAAGUCAAACCUGGGUGUACAUCAGAGAACUCAUUCAGGAGAGAAGCCCUUUGGGUGUAAUGAAUGUGAGAAAGCCUUCUCUCAGAAGUCCUAUCUCAUGCUACAUCAGAGAGGCCACACAGGAGAGAAGCCCUAUGAGUGCAGUGAAUGUGAAAAAGCAUUUUCCCAAAAGUCAUAUCUCAUUAUACAUCAAAGAACUCAUACAGAAGAAAAACCCUAUAAAUGUAAUGAGUGUGGCAAAGCCUUCCGAGAAAAGUCAAAGCUCAUUAUACAUCAAAGAAUUCAUACAGGAGAGAAACCCUAUGAAUGUCUUGUGUGUUGGAAAGCUUUCAGCCAGAAGUCUCAACUCAUAAUCCACCAGAGAACACACACAGGAGAAAAGCCCUAUGCUUGUUCAGAGUGUGGCAAAGCCUUCAGGGAAAAGUCGACAUUCACUGUGCAUCAAAGAACUCAUACUGGAGAGAAGCCUUAUAAAUGUACAGAAUGUGGGAAAGCCUUUACCCAGAAGUCCAACCUUAUUGUUCAUCAGAGAACACACACUGGAAAGAAGGCUCAUGGGAGAAAUCACACCCGGAAAUCAAAGCUCACUGGGCAUUAAAGGGUAAAGCAACAGUAUCUGCUGUGUACCCUGAAAGAAAUUUGUGUCAGUUUAAGGUUUUCAAUGUGUGUCCUAACUUCUGAUUUAAACAUGGGUAGUUAAGUUAGCCUUUCUUUUUUUUUUUCAUCUUGUUCUUGACCUAAAACAAUAGGAGAAAAAGAAGAAAUGGAAUCUCUGUAUCUGAGCAAAUUAGAUUAGCUACAACUUGAAGGCUUCUAGAAGCAGAGGCAGUGAAGGACCAGUACAAGAGAUUUCAGGUCCAAAGAUGUGAGAAGGCAUGGGUAAGAACUCUUUAGAUAAGGGUUGAGCAAGAUACACUUAAAAUUGCAGGGGCCCAGGCAGCUGGGUAACAGAGUACUUAGGCAAGUGAGGUAUAUCAUUAAGUAUUUGAUGUCUGGGAAGAAACAGGGCUCUCAACAAGGAAUCAUUCAGUCAAACCAUAUUUGCAGGAAGACAUCUGUAUUGAUGGGAGGAACAGUUGGGGAUAAGGGAUGAGAAAGAACAUAGCUACCCCUAUUUACUGACUUUGGCAAAAUCAAGUCUGAAAUAACUAAUAAGUGUGUCACAGAUCUCAGCAGUUGGAAAAACUGCUCUGCCUGAAAUAGGGUCCUGGUAUCUUCUGGAGAACACAAUCCUCUAGCAAAUAGCAAGUCUAAGAAAAACUCUGUAAUUCAAAGAGAAUCAUUCAAGCAUAAUCAAAACCACAAACUAUUUUUAAGCCAGCAGUUCCACUUCUAGGGAUGUAAAUAUAUAUACUCAUAGUGUACAAAUGAUGAACACAGAGAGUCAGUGCUUCACUGUUCACAAAAACAAAAGAUUUGAAGUUGUCCUAAUGAUGUCACCAGAGUUCUGCUUCCAAAAAUUAUGACAUAGUCACAGCAAAUUCUUGGGCAGACAAAAAUAAAUAAAUAAAUAGAACUUGUGUUAUUAUUUAUGUAGUGAUUUGGGAUAACCCCCAAGUUAUAAGGUAGAAAAAGCAAGGUACAGCAUAGUAAGUGUAAUAUGCUAUCAUGUGUAUAUUAAUAGGAAAAUGUAAGUACAUAAUUGUACAUGAAUAAACUUUUUGAAAGGGCAUAAAAAGCUAGUAACCCUGAUUACCUCAGGGAAGGGGCAGUGGAGUUGGAGGGAACUCAAAGAGACAUCUGUGAAUCCUUUGUAGCUUUUGAAAAUUGUACUAUAUGAAUGUACUGCCUUUCCAAAUAUAAAUAAAACUUUAAAAAGCA